AUGCAUGUAUUUGCAUACCUGAAUAGCAAGGAUGGCCUGAAUCCUCUAGAGGUGGCAGCCAGGGCAUCGUACACAACUUUUGUGGAUUUGAUAAUUAAAGCUGACCGUUGGAGGAACCGACACCCUGACAGAGCAGAUGCACUAAGAGGUCGCCUGUUAAGCAUACCCGGCUCAGGAUCGUCACCGCUUGUACCUACCACUGAUGAUGGAUUUUCCCCACGAUCACCUGAUGACAGAAUUUACACACAUACAAACACACAAAACCACCCCAGUAGUAUGUGGAGCGCAGCUAGCUCCUCCGACCAGCAAGGACACGAGGAAGACUACGCCCACUCCUAUGUCUACGAAUCUCCUAUCUCAACGCCGACACCGACAACGAACAGACGCCUUAGCACUCCGGUACCAGUAAACUUGUCUGCUAAAACCAGCCAUUACGUUGCGGGGACAACGGACCAUACAACGGCAGGUUUUGUUGAUCCUUAUGAAAUGUUUCCACCACCGCCCCACCCAGUACUAACGACGCAACAAGUAACCGCAGCGAACUCCACUCGUCACUCUAUCAGUGGGAGUGAUGAAUUGUCUUUAGGUUUCGAAGCCUCACGCAUUUGGGAAUCUCGUCACACAGUUGGUAACAACUCUAAUGAAGCCAUUUCACGCCAUGCCGCACCAUCACACAUCUCUUACAGCCCAGAAGUUAAUGCAAACUUGGAGAGUCCCAAUGAUGAUCCUCUUACUCUGGUCGCUUACAAGGAGCACAUCCUGCCAAACGGUGAAACGCUUGUAACUUUGGGCGAUGUGGGUCCAACUGACGAUACGCUCACAUCCAGUGGCGUUAGACGGUCGUCGACAGCAGAAAUUGGAUACUUUAGCUUCAUGACAUACAGUCAACCUUACGCCGAAGAAACAAAGGUUAUGCUUUUCGAAAUUUCUCACAAGUAUUUGAACGCAGGGGAAUGGAAGAAACUGGCGCACUACUGGGCGUUCGAAGAAAAACACAUAGCGGCAAUCGAGUAUCAGGAUACAGGCAAGAACUCUUACAAAGAUCACGGGUAUCGGUUAAUGAGUAUCUGGCUGCAUGGUAUUGAGGCGAACGUUUCACCCCUAAAUGAGGUAUAUCAAGCCUUGAUUGCAAUUAAUCAAACGAAAUUGGCAAAGAAGCUGAGAGAACGGGUUGAGAUGACCAAGCGAAGGAAGAAAGGUUGCCGUGUACAGUGACAUAGUUGACUGGAAUCCUGCACAAUGUUGGUCAGCAAAAUGUGAUGGAAGAUUCAGUGUUCUGUAAAUAACGAACAACAGCGGCGGUUGCACGCCUCUCAUACACAGUACUGUACACUAGAAUAACAGCUUCCUUUAUGCACUAUAGCUGAGGUUGCAGAACAUAUCCAAUGUUGCGCUGCGUCGUCUCAGAAAAUUAAAAAUAUUACAUGGACAG